AUGCCAGCCGAGCAGACAUCCGCCGACGCGCGUAGAAAGGCCGCCCGCGAGGUCAUCGACAUCCUCCAUGAGAUCGCAACAUUGCUGAACACCCACCUCGACCGCCAGCAGCUCUCCUACUGCGUAUCGCUCAUCGAGAACGGGGCGAAUCCAGAGGCGUUAGCGAAAGUGAUAUUGCAGCUGCGCGAGGAGUACCCAGCAUCUUCUGACGAUGGCGACGCUUAA